AUGGUGUGCGAGAAGUGUGAGAAGAAGCUUUCGAAGGUGAUUGUGCCAGACAAGUGGAAGGAAGGUGCCAGUAACACCACCGAGGGCGGUGGCCGUAAAAUCAACGAGAACAAGCUCCUCUCCAAGAAGAAAAGGUGGACUCCUUAUGGAACUACCAAGUGCAUGAUUUGCAAGCAGCAAGUGCACCAGGAUGGAAAAUACUGUCACACCUGUGCUUACUCCAAAGGAGUUUGCGCGAUGUGCGGUAAGCAAGUACUCGACACCAAGUUCUACAAGCAAAGCAAUGUAUAA